GGCUGGACCGGAGCAGCGCCGGCACGGACGGACAGACAGCGCUGAGGCCUCCACAGCCACUGCCCAGCCCACGGCUCCGACCCCACAGGAAGAUGCUGCCAGCCACAUCCAAGCUCUGCGCUGCCAUCUCCUACCGCCACCUGCGCAACAUGACCGGUCUGAGGAGACAAGCUGCCGUGGCCAUCAGCCAGGAGCUGAGCAGGCUGGCCAGCCGCAGCCCGGGACCCGGCACCUGGAUCCACCAGGUGCGCAGGAGGAGCUCCUUGCUCAGCUCGAGGCUGGAGGAGAAACCCUUCAGCGAGAUGGAAAUGUCUUACAUCAAGCAGGGGGAGGAAGCCCUGCAGAAAUCGCUCAGAAUCCUUGAGGACCAGGACGACUGGAAGACGGAGACGGUGGCGGGCAAUGGAGAUAAAGUGCUGAGCAAGGUGCUGCCGGACGUGGGGAAGGUGUUCCGGCUGGAGGUGGUGGUGGACCAGCCCCUGGACACCGUGUAUGGAGAGCUGGUGGACAACAUGGAGCAGAUGGGAGACUGGAACCCCAACGUCAAAGAAGUCAGGAUUCUGGAGAAGAUUGGGAAGGACACGGUGAUCACCCAUGAGAAGGCAGCUGCGACCCCUGGGAACAUUGUUGGGCCUCGGGACUUCGUGAGCGUGCGGUGCUCCAAGAGACGCGGCUCCACUUGUGUCCUGGCCGGGAUGUCCACGACCUACGGGGCCAUGCCCGAGCAGGAGGGGUUCAUAAGGGCUGAGAAUGGUCCCACCUGCAUGGUCCUGCGGCCACUGCCCGGCAACCCCUCCCAGACCAGGCUCACCUGGCUGCUGAGCAUCGACCUCAAGGGCUGGCUGCCCAAGACCAUCAUCAACCAGGUCCUGUCCCAGACACAGGUGGACUUCGCCAAACACCUCCGGCAGCGCCUGGCCCGGCCGGUGCCUGUGACCUGCUGACCACCCCCUGCAGGGCUUCCCUCAGGGCAAAGCAUGGAACCCUGUCACUCCAAUUCACCUUGAACAGCAGACUCCACUAAUUAAUGCACAGUUACAACCAAUAAAUAUAAAGGUUUAUUUAUUGAAGCUCAUUGUGUAAGUGCAGGACCACAAAUUUAAUUCCUGCAGUCGCUUAACUGAGCAUGUGCUGGCCCAGUCAGCCAACUCCACCCUCCCUAAUUACUUUCAAUGAAUAAAUAAAGCUAUAAUUAGUGCUGUCUACAUUUAAAGCUCUGGACUAACUAGUCAUUAGGGAGACAGCUGGGAAGGUACAUCCUCAGUGAGGCAGACACAGGCCUGACUGAACUCAAAUUUUACUCUCCCAAAACUCAAACACAGCACUUAUUUUUGUUUUCUCUUCCCCUCAAAGCAGCUCUAAUUUAUUUUUUCCUGUACCAACACAUAAGAAGUGUCAAAUUAUUUAUUCACCCCAAGCUCUGCAAUGAUGAUCAUUAGCAAGAGGCCCCAUUAACACCUGGGCACAGGAGACCUGCAACUCGAGAGAUCUCCACCUGUAGCUACUUUGAGUACAAAUGUCACCUGUAACAAUUUACAAGACAAAAACAAGAAUAAAAAGAAGAGUUAAAGCCUUUA